GAAGCGCGAGGACCGCCACGAGCUGCUCGCGGCCGGCUCCCCUCCCCCCCGCCUCCCUCUCCCGCUCCACCCGCUCCGACCCACUGGCUCCCCGAAACGGUGGCGGCGGUUUGUGGUCGUUGGUCCCCAGGAUUUAGGACCGACGUCUGAAGACCCCAAGAGGAACUACAACCAUGAAUGAAGAAAAUAUAGAUGGAACAAAUGGAUGUAGUAAAGUUCGAACUGGUACUCAGAAUGAAGCAGCAUUACUUGCCUUGAUGGAAAAGACUGGUUACAACAUGGUUCAAGAAAAUGGGCAAAGGAAAUUUGGUGGUCCUCCUCCAGGUUGGGAAGGUCCACCUCCACCUAGGGGCUGUGAAGUUUUUGUGGGAAAAAUACCUCGUGAUAUGUAUGAAGAUGAGUUAGUUCCUGUAUUUGAAAGAGCUGGAAAGAUAUAUGAAUUUCGACUUAUGAUGGAAUUUAGUGGUGAAAAUCGAGGUUAUGCUUUUGUGAUGUACACUACAAAAGAAGAAGCCCAGUUAGCCAUUAGAAUUCUUAAUAAUUAUGAAAUUAGACCAGGGAAGUUUAUUGGUGUAUGUGUAAGUUUGGAUAAUUGCAGAUUAUUUAUUGGAGCUAUUCCCAAGGAAAAGAAGAAAGAAGAAAUUUUGGAUGAAAUGAAGAAAGUUACAGAAGGAGUUGUAGAUGUCAUUGUAUAUCCAAGUGCAACUGAUAAGACCAAAAAUCGUGGUUUUGCAUUUGUUGAAUAUGAAUCUCACAGAGCUGCUGCCAUGGCUAGGAGAAAACUAAUUCCAGGAACAUUCCAGCUGUGGGGCCACACCAUUCAGGUGGACUGGGCUGAUCCAGAGAAAGAGGUUGAUGAGGAAACCAUGCAGAGAGUUAAAGUUCUCUAUGUAAGAAAUUUAAUGAUCUCAACUACAGAGGAAACAAUUAAAGCAGAAUUCAAUAAAUUCAAGCCUGGUGCUGUUGAGCGAGUAAAGAAACUUAGAGAUUAUGCUUUUGUUCACUUUUUCAACCGAGAAGAUGCAGUGGCUGCUAUGUCUGUUAUGAAUGGCAAAUGCAUUGAUGGAGCAAGCAUUGAGGUAACACUGGCAAAACCAGUAAAUAAGGAAAACACUUGGAGACAACAUCUUAAUGGUCAGAUUAGCCCCAAUUCUGAAAACCUGAUUGUGUUUGCUAACAAAGAAGAAAGCCACCCUAAAACUCUAGGCAAGCCACCGACUCUUCCUACUCGUCUUAAUGGUCAGCAUAGCCCAAGCCCACCUGAAAUUGAAAGAUGCACUUACCCUUUCUUUCCUGGAACAAAGCUUACUCCAAUUAGUAUGUAUUCUUUAAAAUCCAAUCAUUUUAAUUCUGCAGUAAUGCAUUUGGAUUAUUACUGCAACAAAAAUAAUUGGGCACCACCGGAAUAUUAUUUGUAUUCAACAACAAGUCAGGAUGGAAAAGUACUCUUGGUUUAUAAAAUAGUUAUUCCUGCUAUUGCAAAUGGAUCCCAGAGUUACUUCAUGCCAGACAAACUGUGUACUACAUUAGAAGAUGCAAAGGAACUGGCAGCCCAGUUUACACUGCUUCAUUUGGCAAUCUAUGUUCCAGUCUGCUUAUUAACUGGCCAGAUAACAGGACAGGGAACACAAUCUCUUCAGCCUGGACCUGUGUAGAAGAAUUUGGAGAAAAUAAGCAGGUCCUUUCUGAUGUUGCUUGAGCUUACUCUCCUGCAGUUGAUCUCAUUCCUGUUGGCUAAACAUUAAGUCCCAUGACAACAUUAAGUUAGUGCUCUGUGUUUUAGGCCUCAUUUAUAGUACCAGGACAGUGUUACAGAAGAAGAAACGUUUCACCUGUACAUUAGAUGACCUAAUUUCUUUUCUUCUAUUCCCCAAAACACCAUAACUUUUAUAAAUAAUCAUUUUAUAGUCUUUGUUAUACCCUGGGUUUAUUCUACACUAAAGAACGUAGUUGAGUUUUUGGAAAGUACAGGAUUUAAAGAUUUGGUCUUUAUACCAACUUAUAUAAAAUUCUAAUUAAUGAAGCAGAAAAUUAUUAUUGCAUUAGAUGAAUGUUUAUUGUGGAACAGUAAUAUUUGAGGUAUAAUUUUUUAAAUAAUUUGGUUUAAUUUUUGGAUAUUUUUCUAUACUGUAAGUUGAUAAUGGUUUCUUGAAGUUUAUUUUAUGGAGAUGAUUCAUUUUACUGUUUUGUGGUACCAGUAGGAAUCUAAUGUUAAAUUGAUGUGUUGAGUUACAAAUAUAUGUCUAUGUUAGUAUUUAAAUAAUGAAAUAUUAGGCAGUUAGUUUACCAAAUGUUUUCUGCAGUAAAGGGAUAAAUGUUUUUUGCUGGUUUGAUGCCUAACAGUUUCAAAACAAAAAAGAAGCAAACAUGAAUUCGCUGAUUUUUAUCAUUCCUUCGUGGACUACCCCUUAGUGUCAGUACCAAUUUUAAAAUAAGCUUCUUUGAAGAGCAAGAGGAAUCAGAGGUUCUCUUUUUCUGUGAUCAAAAUAAUAAUAUCCCAGAAUUCAUUCUAGUAAGAUCUCUGAAGCAUUGCGUGAGUGAAGGAAACAUGAUACUGACCAAACUAUCAGGAUUUGCCUUGCAGUGAAUGCUGAAAUAGUCUUACCACCAGUAUAUAUCAGUAUUUUGAAUGUUUGAACAUUAUGUUAAAUGUGAUUAUAGUUUUAAUGCUUUGUGUCUUUGAAUUAAAUUUGUGUCCAUGAAGAUGUGCACCAUAAUUGUUCAUGUAUUUAUUUACAGACUACAAUUUCCGUCGCAGCUCAGUAAAUAGUCUUUCCCCUGUUAGUGCUACCCUCUCUUCUGGGACUCCCAGCGUGCUUCCUUAUACUUCAAGGCCUUAUUCUUAUCCAAGCUAUCCCUUGUCACCAACAGUAUCACU